GACAAGUUCAGAAUUCCUCCUGUGGUCAGAGCUGAGGGACUGGGAGGCAGUGUGCUCUAGUGGUCAGAGCUGAGGGACUGGGAGGCAGUGUGCUCUAGUGGUCAGAGCUGAGGGACUGGGAGGCAGUGUGCUCUAGUGGUCAGAGCUGAGGGACUGGGAGGCAGUGUGAUCUAGUGGUCAGAGCUGAGGGACUGGGAGACAGUGGGGCCUAGUGGUCACAGCUGAGGGACUGGGAGGGAGGCAUUGUCUUCUAGUGAUUAUAGCUGAGUGAUUGGGAAAACUACAUCAACUAUAUAAAGCGUUAGGCAGUGAAGAUAACACUGGUCAGACCAAGCGCACAUUCAGUCAUUGGAACAGAUAAGUAAAAUUACCCCUGCAGAUAAAAUGCAUACUACUGUAUAAAAAAUUGUGUCUAAAAUAUAUUACUGUCCUGCCAUUGAUUGCUGUAGUACUGUAGUGUACUGCUACCAUGAGAAACAGGUUUGAUUCGGCAGCUUAAACCCAUAAUAAUAUAUGUCAUUGUCUAAAUAAAAUCUUGACGAUUUCAGAGCUGUAGCCCCUCCUAUGACCAGCCUAUGUGAAGAACCGACCCACACUUGGCCAGAGAGAGAGAGAAAGAGGUGGUGUGUCACACAGAAUCACAGCGAUUUAUUUUAGACGGUUCAGCCCCCCAAGUAGACACAGUCACUACUGGUGGCUACAGACUUGCAAAGACGUCCCUAACAACAGCCUGAGACUGAAGGCAUGAACCUUUUUUUUAUGACUCUUUCCCUUUUAACCCCCCCUGGAGUUUAGCGCAUCGGACUCUAGAUUUUAGAAUUAUGGUAUUAUAUCUGGGGGCGUUAACACAUCUUCAAAACAAGUGUUAUUAGCUAAUAAAUCAAGGCAGAAUGCGGUGAGAGGCGAUUGUGCAGCGCAGAGAGGGAAUUGUUCGGCUAACGAGAAAUACCAGCCGUCCAGACCGCGUUAUUAUCACAUGUCCACCUGCACAGGACUAUACCACAGUGAAGUUUUCUGUGCUGAAACAGAUUCAUAAAAAGGUCAGUUUUGCUUAUUUUUUGUUUUUGUUUUGUGGCUGCUGCGUGGGCGUCUUUAAGUUUAGCUGCGUUAGAGCGGAGACUGUGAUUUCAUGAGGAAUGCAAGAUCACAUCUGAUUUGAAUUCAAUUUUUCCCUGAUGGUUUGUAUGCUUGUAAUUAGUAUCAGAAUUCAGACUUCAGUUCUACCACAAUAACUAUGAGGAAAUUGAUCACCUAUGUGCUGCAAACGUGCAUAUGAAAAAGAGGAUUAUAUAGGGGAAGGGGGAAGAUUUGUUAGGUCUGUGUUGGGUCUAUUUUAAUUAUAUGAACAGUGGCUGAACUGAACACCACCACUUAAUACUAAUCAUCUGAUAUAUUACAGUCCUCUUUCCACUUUAUUUAAUUUUUUUUUUGAUAACUGCGAGAGUGUUUGGACUGGUGUAAAACCUGUUGCUGUUUAAUUUCUCUGGGUCACAGUGUGGAUUUCUGUGCAACCACCUUCCCUGCCUGUGGAUCCUGAUAUAGCCUUGACACGACUGCUGGAGAUAGUAUUUUAUAACCGUGGUAACAAAAUAUGUUCCGGUGUAAGGCACAGCUGCUCUUGUGUGCGUUUGUUUAAAUGUUAGUUUAUGAUUAUGGAUUCGACAGUAGAAGCAGAUAAAGAGAAGAUUAAACCUACUACAGUAAGCACUCCUACACUUAGCUCUUUCUAGGGAUAUUUUGUAUAACCUCGGUUUAAUAUUUAGAUGUUUAAAAUAUUCUUGGAGGCAAUUAAAAAGGGAAUUUAAGGUUCCAUGCUUUGAAAUGAAAAGUCUGGAACACGAUUAUAGGAGACUCUGCGCUUCGGCUAUGCAGUAUAAUUAUCUAGUGCAGUUAGACUUCAUUAAGUUACUAAAACAACAACGUUGUGUAAAUAUCAUCCUUUGGCGCAUUUGCACACUUUCAUUACAAUAUCAAUUUGUAAAAUCAGCUUACUGUGCAAACAACGGCCUGUUGAUAACACUAUGUAACACAAUUUUUGUUCCUGGGUAGUAAGUGUUAUGAUGGGAGACUACAUUUGGGGUCUGAUUCGUGAAAGUGAUUUACAGUAUAAUCGUAAAUCUCGAAAAAUUACUCACUUCUAAAUCUUUUUCUUUCCUGGUCACAAAAGCAAAGUUUGUGGGGAAUAAUAGCCAUUUUCUAUACUUUUGAGGCAUAAGCAAUUAGGAAAUAACACUUACUACCCAGGAACCAAAAAAAAAAAAAAAAAAAAUUGUUACACGGUGCUAAUUGUUAGUGCUCAGUCAUGGUUAAUGUGCAGAAUCAUUUUGAUGGCCUGAUUACAUUGUCUAAUCCCCAGUAAUAGAGCUGAUCCUAGCAACCACUUCACAUGAUCAAUCAAUACCGGUACCCAGUCCCUCAACUCUAACCCCUAAACCACACUCCCUGCCUCCCAGUCCCUCAGCUCUAACCCCUAAACCACACUCCCUGCCUCCCAGUCUCUCAGCUCUAACCCCUAGACCACACAUCCUCCCUCCCAGUCCCUCAGCUCUUACCAUUAGACCCCCUCCCCCCAGUCCCUUGUGUGUUUAGGUGCCUCUGGUGUUUCCCAGAAUGCAGCGUUCCCGUGUGCUGUUCUCAGAGGCAGAGAUGUCGCGGCGCUCCGAAGCGGAGGACAGGGAUGCGAAGCGGGUGGAGGCUAGGCUCCUCAGCAGACUGCACCGGCUGGACAGGGUGCGGCUCUACCACGUCAACACCAUGGCGCGCGAGCAGAGGCGCAUCCAGAGGGACCUGAGUGGCAUGAGGCAGGGGAGCUCCUGCCGCAGCUCUGGGGAAAUCUGCUCCGACUACGAGAGAGCACACCGUCCCCCAGGGGCGCCCAAGAGGGCCUUCCUACCCACCAUCCCUGGCGGGGCUACCAGCAAGCCCGAUGGACUCAGGUCUCAGAAACUCACGUCCUUGCGGGGUGGAGGACAGGCUAUCCCAGCAGGCCUCUCUCACACUCUGCAGGCACGAAUCAACGAGUUCAACGGUGUGGGGCGGGGGAAGGGGGGGUCGGAGCUGGUCUCCGUGGCGAUGGCAGGUGAGGGGUGGUGGUCCGAGGAUUCCGACGGGGGGGUGAAGCGCAGUCCUGCUCCACGGUGCAGCGUCUCCCUCCCCACCGUGUCCCCCCUGCUGGACCCCUCUCGCUUGGACCUGGACGCCCUGGCCCCCGACGGCUCCCUCCGGACGCUGUACACCCUGCCCAGCUUCAGCGAGGCGCUGGCCGAGGCAGGCAAGGCUCGCUACAUCCGGCACCGAGGCAUCCCCGACAGCGAGAGGGAGCUCUCCAUCCAGGAUAUAUUCAGCAGGGCUCCCGAGGAGACUGCACACCAGCCGGAGCGGAGCUGAGGCAGGGUGGAGACGUCUCCAUGGAGACACUGGCUCUCGUCCACAGCAACACAUUUUGACUUUUAAAGAGCUUUUUUCAUGUUGACACCUCAAACACAAAUGCAGCACAAAACUAUGUGUGAACCAGUUGUAAACGCUAUAAAAAUAGAAUAACAAAUAUGUCAUACUCAUAGGUGUAAUUUCUCAAUAAUUAAAGAAAAUAAACUUG